AUGGUCAUCAUGUUCCCUUCUCCGAGCGCUCUGACCAGCGUUUUCGCGUCUCAGCAUCCCCUUACGCGGCCAAAAUCGCAGCCUACGGCACCGACAACCAUCAGGCGAGAGCCGUUCCCGGCCUGGAGUGCGGUUGACGAUGUCAAGUCCGCUGGAAAGCAGGCCAAAAAGGGUCAGAUUGAGCUCUACUCGCCCAAAUACUAUGCUUCGUGCACUUUUGGAGGCCUGCUGGCCUGUGGCUUAACCCACACGGCGGUAACGCCGCUGGACCUGGUCAAAUGUCGACGCCAGGUCGAUCCCAACCUCUACAAGGGCAAUUUCGAAGGCUGGGCCAAGAUCUACCGCGCAGAGGGCCUGCGUGGGGUCUUCACCGGUUGGGGCCCGACUUUCUUUGGCUACUCUGCCCAAGGUGCCUUCAAGUAUGGUGGGUAUGAAUUCUUCAAGAAAUUCUACAGUGAUCUUGUAGGGCCGGAGAAGGCGCAGAAGUGGAAGACGUCUCUGUACCUGACGGCCAGCGCGUCGGCCGAGCUUUUCGCGGAUAUCGCGCUCUGUCCCUUCGAGGCCGUCAAGGUGCGGAUGCAAACGACCCUCCCUCCAUUUGCCAAGGGGACGUUUGAUGGUAUUUCUCAAGUCACGUCAAAGGAGGGGGUUGGCGGACUGUUCAAGGGUCUGUAUCCACUUUGGGGUCGGCAGAUCCCGUACACGAUGAUGAAGUUCGCGUCGUUCGAGACAAUCGUGGAGAUGAUCUACAACUAUCUGCCUGGAAAGAAGUCGGAUUACAAUAAAACAGCGCAGACUGCCGUCGCCUUCACCGGUGGUUACCUAGCCGGUAUCCUGUGCGCGAUCGUGUCGCACCCGGCCGAUGUAAUGGUCAGCAAGCUGAAUGCGAACCGGCAACCGGGCGAGGCGUUUGGAGCUGUUAUUAGUCGGAUCUACAAGGACAUUGGCUUUAUGGGCCUGUGGAAUGGCCUGGUUGUUCGAAUUGUCAUGAUCGGAACUCUGACCGGUCUGCAGUGGAUGAUGUAUGAUCCCAGCCCUUUUACUGGGUGUGUCUGUAAGCGGAAUGCUGACAUGGAUGACCUACAGUUACGACGCUUUCAAGAUCUUCAUGGGUCUGCCGACGACUGGUGGUCCGGUCGAGGAACAGAAGAAGCAGAAGUAAACUUGGAACCCAGCACAGAUGGCGGUUCUGGGCGUGGGAUUAAGACAGAGGAUGCGUGUGAUGAAACAGGAUGGCUGUCGACGAGUUUAUUAAUAGUUGGCAAUCCACUCUGCUCAUCCUUUCUACCUGUCCGGAUGGAGCAUGCAUUGUCCUAUCUACCUGCUAAUAAGUCGUUAUUCUUUGUACAAAAGAGCCUGGACAAAGGGUUUAUAUUCAAUCAACUGCGCAAUAUUACCAAGACUGGGAAUGCUGUCUCUGAUGACGUUUUAGUCAUGGUCAUCGCGGGCCAAGCGCCUUAUCUUAUCAUCCCAGCUAUCGUCCACCCACCCCCACCAAUCCUCACGUCAUCGGAAUUGUUCGCGACAGACAGCCUUGUCAUUGCCUGCAGAGAGCGCCUAGCCUUGUGCUAG